UUUUUCUUUUGAUUCUUUUCCUUUUUUACUUUCUUUCUUUUUCUAAAUCCCCUUUAAUUAUUUGUCUAUUAAUUGGGUUUCGUUUUGUUUUCCUUGAAAUGCAUGUCGGUGAUGCUGAUGUUGAUGAUUGAUUAUCAAGUACUUGUUGUUCUUGUUGAUGAAUUAGAUGGCUGUUCGGGUCCAAAAUUUUCCAAAGAAAACAUUUGACGAAAGCUCUGUUCGUUCCCUAUCCCAUUUAUCUGUCAGUUGCACACCGUGGUGGAGUUUGAACGAGCAGCAAAUUGAAGAGCCUUUACCACACAACGUAAGCUUGAAAGUGGAAACUCCGUCUCAACUCUAUCAUCAAACGAAGCAUUUAGAUCUUCAACUACCUGACCAGGAAUUGACAACGGUUCAAGCAAUUGGUCGAACUCAUUGUGAAGUUGGUGCCAUUGGAGCGACCAGUUCUCAAUGUGAUCCAUCAGAAUCCGGUCCAGAUGAAAGUUGUGAGAAGGAUACCGAGGGUCAGGUGAAACCGGUUUUCUUGGUUAACAAUCCAAACACUUUAUUCAGCCCCUCUCAUGAGAAUUAUAACCAUUCAAUGGCUUGGACUCAAUAUCCAUAUGCCAAUGCUUACUUCAAUGGGAUGUUUACUCCAUAUGGGCCACAGGCUAUUAUUCAGGCCCAGUUGGGAGGAAAUGCUCCAACUCGAAUUCCACUGCCUCUCGAUCUUGCAGAAGAUGAGCCCAUUUAUGUCAAUCCGAAACAAUAUCAUGGUAUUCUCCGGAGGAGGCAAUACCGUGCAAAGCUUGAGGCACAAAACAAACUCGUCAAAUCUCGAAAGCCAUACCUUCAUGAAUCUCGACAUCGUCAUGCACUGAAUAGGGUUAGGGGAUCGGGCGGACGUUUCCUUAGCAAAAAGACACUCCAACAGCCCAAUGACAACUGCACUAAUCGAACGAAUAGUAGAUCAGAACUUGAGAGUCAUUGUUCUCGCAUGGCCGGAUAUGGCGGUCCGAAUACAAGCUGCAUGAACAUCUCGAGCGUUUCCGACAAUGACGGCAAUUUGCAGUGGCUGGAACAUGGAUUCGCCGAUAUAUCUCGUGCAGGCAGUACAGGCGAUGGAAUACGGCACGGUGCUUCGGUUAUCCCGUGAGAAGGGGCGGCGCAGACCGGCAACUCAUCCUUGGCUUUACCAAUACCACUUCAAUUAUGUUUCAUGCAUGUUGUGUAAAAAUGUAAUCUUUUUCCAUGUUUACUGUAUUUUCUUAUUUUACACAGCUGAUCCAGGAAUAAGGGUGUUACUGAAAAGAGUUUGGCUUGGAAUUUUAUUACAAUGAUACUUCAUUUGUGGUUCUUUGUUAUUAUGAGGUGUUAUUUCAUCAAUUAUGUAAGAUAUUUUUGUAAUUUUAAUAAAUUUAAAGCAAAUAUAUAAUUUGAUUA